AGACGCUGUGGUUAAGGAAGGUAAACACUGCUGGUGUGGAACUGAUCACAGUCAUGGUGACGGAGAGAGACUACAAAACGCGUCUGACAGAGCUCAGACGUGACACUUAUGGAUUUUGCCAAUUCUUCAAUAUCCGAAGUCAUCGUGAAUGAUGGAAAGAGAAUAUUCAUAAUAUUUACCUCGACGGAGGUGUCCGAGGCAACGUGUCAACAUGGAGGUCACUACUGGGCUGGAGAACAUCUCUCCAAAUGAUAUAGGCAAUCCAACUACUGCUGCAGGCAACCCAUCAUAUUCAACUGCUGCUGCAGGCAACCCAUCAUAUUCAACUGCUGCUGCAGGCAACCCAUCAUAUUCAGCUACUGCUGCAGGCAACCCAUCAUAUUCAACUGCUGCUGCAGGCAACCCAUCAUAUUCAACUGCUGCUGCAGGCAACCCAUCAUAUUCAGCUACUGCUGCAGGCAACCCAUCAUAUUCAACUGCUGCUGCAGGCAACCCAUCAUAUUCAGCUACUGCUGCAGGCAACCCAUCAUAUUCAACUGCUGCUGCAGGCAACCCAUCAUAUUCAACUGCUGCUGCAGGCAACCCAUCAUAUUCAACUACUGCUGCAGGCAACCCAUCAUAUUCAACUGCUGCUGCAGGCAACCCAUCAUAUUCAGCUACUGCUGCAGGCAACCCAUCAUAUUCAACUGCUGCUGCAGGCAACCCAUCAUAUUCAGCUACUGCUGCAGGCAACCCAUCAUAUUCAGCUACUGCUGCAGGUAACCCAUCAUAUUCAACUACUGCUGCAGGCAACCCAUCAUAUUCAACUGCUGCUGCAGGCAACCCAUCAUAUUCAACUGCUGCUGCAGGCAACCCAUCAUAUUCAACUACUGCUGCAGGCAACCCAUCAUAUGUAACUGCUGCUGCAGGCAACCCAUCAUAUUCAACUACUGCUGCAGGCAAUCCAUCAUAUUCAGCUACUGCUGCAGGCAACCCAUCAUAUUCAACUACUGCUGCAGGCAACCCAUCAUAUUCAACUGCUGCUGCAGGCAACCCAUCAUAUUCAACUACUGCUGCAGGCAACCCAUCAUAUUCAACUACUGCUGCAGGCAACCCAUCAUAUUCAACUACUGCUGCAGGCAACCCAUCAUAUUCAACUACUGCUGUAGGCAGCCCAUCAUAUUCAACUACUGCUGCAGGCAACCCAUCAUAUUCAACUACUGCUGCAGGCAACCCUUCAUAUUCAACUACUGCUGCAGGAGACUCCUUGUUGGAAAACGACUACUUGAAACAAGUCGUACCAUCUCUUGAUGUCACAGGACGCUCCAGAAAGAUGUUUCUGUCGUGGGUAGUGCACUCGCUAGAGUGUCUGCUGUUGUCCCUCGUGUUCCAGCUGGUGAUAACUUCCUCGUUGACAGUGAUUUCUGUAAGACACAAGACAGACCUGUAUUGGUCAUAUAGUUCAACAGAGAGUGAAGAUCUGAGAGCAUAA